UAAACAUGGCGGUGACGAUGAGAGCAGUCGAGUUUUAUAGUGGAAUUGGAGGGAUGCAUUUAGCUUUAAAAUCUUGUGGUUUUAACGUCCAGAUUGUUGCAGCAAUUGACAUAAACACGAUAGCUAACGACGUUUAUCAACACAAUUUCCCCGAAACACCGUUAUUAAAUCGAAAUAUUGAGGGUAUCAAAUUGGAAGAGAUGAUGAAAUUCAAAGCUGAUAUAUUUACAAUGUCUCCCCCAUGCCAACCAUUCACACGACAGGGUAAACAAAAUGCAUCAAGUGAUCCAAGAACAAAAAGUUUUUUACACAUUCUGAGAAUCAUUAAGAAAUUACCUCUUCCACCAACUUUUAUUUUUUUGGAGAAUGUUAAAGGCUUUGAAGUAUCUGAAACCAGAGAUGAACUGAUCCAAACUUUAAAAGAAACCAAUUACAGUUUCCAGGAAUUCUUGCUCACUCCUUCUCAGUUUGGUAUUCCUAACUCUAGACUUCGGUAUUUCAUCUUUGCUGUACAUGAGCCAUUUAAACUGCCAUUCAAGUUGAAUAAAUCAAUAAUGAAAAAUCUUCCAAGGUUUGAGGAUUUGGCUAACAACGAAGUGACAAGUAAAAAUCCGCGUGCAAAUUGUCGGUUGUGUAAUAAACAAUGCCUAGGAUCUUUAUCAUCAAAGGUUGUUUUAAAGAAAUUGGAUGAAAGAAAUCAUGAAGGGAAUAUUGUAGAAAGAGAAAUUUCUGACCACAGUAUAAACAGUGACAUUGGAUGUACAGGGACUGAUAAAAAUAAUGAUGAAACAAAAACUAGGAAAGACAUAACAGAAACAAAGAGUUGUAAUGAUUAUGAAAUUAAGAUCAUAGAAGAUUAUCUGGAAGAUGAAAAAAUAAACCAUCAUGAUUUCUUAUUACCACAAAAAGUUUUAAUGAAGAAAGUUCUUUUAAUGGAUAUUGUACAGAAACAUUGUAAUCAUUCAUGUUGUUUUACAAAAGGUUAUGGUCAUUAUGUUGAAGGAACUGGUUCUGUUCUUCAAAUGACAACUAUGGAUUCAAGCAAGUUAUUCUUGGAAUACAAGCAGAAAACGGAAAAAGAUAGAGUUGAUAUUUUAGCUCCUCUUGGUCUUCGCUACUUUACACCCAGAGAAAUUGCAAAUAUUUUAUGCUUUUCAUCAAAAUUUGAAUUUCCUUCUCAUAUAACACGAAAGCAAAGAUAUCGCCUGCUUGGUAACAGUGUUAAUGUUUUAGUUGUUAGAGAACUCAUGAAACUGUUGUUUUCAUCACAACAUGACUAGCAUUAAUUAUUUACGAAAUUAAAGAUUUCCAAGUUCAAAUAAAAAUGUUAACAUUUGA